CAGCGGCGAGUAUGAGCGGGGAGAAGUUUCAAGACUAAAAAGUCGGCUGCUUUGUCAGGUGUUGUUGGAUUGAGCGUCGAGAACUCGGGACACUCUGUACCUGGGACAGCAAAGUGCGGACGCAUACGGUUUUUGGUUCCAGUGAGCGUCGGCAGCAGGGCGGCGGAGUGCGGGCUUUGGCGGCGGUCCCGCUGCUAGCGAAACAUGAACAAAAACCACCGAGUGCCGAGCAGCCGAACUCUGAGUGCCGUGGAGGUGAAGAGUAAGUUUGGGGCAGAGUUUCGUCGAUUCUCCUUGGAUAGGUCAAAGCCAGGGCGCUUUGAUGAAUUCUACGGCCUCCUACAGCAUGUGCAUCGCAUCCCAAAUGUGGACUUGCUCGUGGGUUACGCUGAUGUGCACGGAGACCUGUUGCCCAUCAACAAUGAUGACAACUACCACAAGGCCAUCUCCACUGCCACCCCCCUACUCCGGCUAUUUCUGCAGAGAAAAGAAGAAGCUGAUUACACGUUUGGUUCUGAUUCGCUGACCAGGAAGAGAAACACUGUGCUUUCAGCGGUUCUCCUACGUCCUGACACCAACAGGAAAAAGCCUCCAGUCAUCAUCAGCUUCCCGAGGGACUUCCGGCCCGUCUCCUCCAUCAUCGACGUGGACAUUCUUCCUGAGACGCACAGGCGCGUCCGCCUGUACAAGCAUGGUCAGGAGAAACCUUUGGGCUUCUACAUCCGGGAUGGUUCCAGUGUUCGGGUUACUCCACAGGGUCUGGAGAAGGUGCCAGGCAUUUUCAUCUCUCGUAUGGUGCCCGGUGGGCUGGCAGAGAGCACCGGCCUGCUGGCUGUCAACGACGAGGUACUGGAAGUGAAUGGUAUCGAGGUGGCUGGGAAGUCUCUUGACCAAGUCACGGACAUGAUGAUUGCCAACAGCCACAAUCUCAUCAUCACUGUCAAGCCUGCCAACCAGCGGAACAAUAUUGUUCGCAGCGGAGGGGGCGGGGCAGCAUCUGGAAGCUCUGGACGUUCAUCUGACAGUGGUGCCAGCUACUACGGCUACUCUUCAACUGCUGGCAUGGGGGCUACGGCAUACAUGCCAACACACAUCAUACAAAAUUUUCCUGCGGGACAGCUGGAAAGCGACGAGGAUGAUGAGGAUCUGGUGAUUGAGGCAGGUGGCGACGCUGAAACCAUCCAGCGUGACGGCUCACCCACAUACAGCAUGUCCUCGCUACCCCGCUAUGAGCCGCAUCUCAACCUCCGCACCACCACCAUCUCCCCCUCUACGCUCUCCAUCAACGCCAAUGGGACAGUCCUUGCCAGCGGAAGCAGUGGAUCUCUGAGUAACACCAAUGUCCUUUCAAGUACACCGUCCCCGGACAGAGCGAUGGAGAGGCGGAGUCUGGAGGAGGAUGGUACCAUUAUCACUCUGUAGACUCUACUUUUGGAAACACUGGAAAAUGUAGACAAACUCGUGCAGAAAUUUUCACACUGCAAAUCAGCACUUGAAAUAUAGACGGUGGGUGAGCCUAAUUGCACAAAUGUUACAAAUUUACUUUCAGCACGACCAUGACACCUAGUGUUCGUACAGGCAAACAUUUACACAUAAAACUCCACGCGCAAAACGCCGCUCUUAUACAUGCUAAUAACUCACAUGUGUGCCACAGAGGUGACACAGCACCCUAAUGUUGACAUCACAUGUCAGAAGUAGAAAAUGUUAUUUCAUGAAGUUUUAGAAAUGCCAACUCUCACUGCUCACAACUUAAUUUCAAAGCAUUUCCUUUUUAAAUUCCAAUUGCAGGUUUCCGUGUUGCCUGCUUGUGCUUUUCCUUUUACCAGGCCUAUACACAGAUGAUGAUAGAAGUCAUGUGAGCAAGUAAAUUGCAGAUGGACAACGGAUUUCUUUUCAUGGUGUGUUUUUGCCUGGUUAGACCUCCGUUCUCACCCCAGACGCCAACACCGCCUUUCAUGUGACCACUGGGCUUUACACACAGUGUGACGCCACAAUAAUUGACCAAUCACUGAGCUCUGUAAUAAUAUUGAAGUUUUUAUUCCAGGGAAAACCACCUCAAUUUAAUUACCCCAAAUACUUUUUUUAGCCACUGUCUCUGUUUCUUAUUGCCUACUGUGUGAGAUAAUUGAUUUGUUUGAUAUUGUAAGGUACAUUAUUUUAAUCAUUAUUGGAAGCAAUUUUUUUUUAUUUUAUGCAUAUUUCAGUUUUUAUUGGUUUUGUAAGGUACCUGUUAUCCAUCUGAUCAAUGUCUGCCACUAAACUGAGAAAUACCUUCUGCAUAGGAAGGACUGAGAUGUUUUAAAAUGUAUUUCCAUGCAGAUUUUCUUCAUACUGCACUUGUGCUCAGACGAGGGCUGCUCCCCUGCUUCAUGUGUACAAAUGACAAAAUGUGAAUGUAGUCCUUUUGGUUUCUCUCCUUUUCAUUAUUCUUUGUUUUGCAACUUUGCAUCACACCUCAGUGCUGUCUGUUCACCUGUUAUUUCUCACCUCAUGUUGAGUUCACUUGGACGUGUCCUGAGACAUUCGUAUGAAAAGUGAUCUCAAGUAUUCCUGCAACAUUUCUUUUUUUCACUCUCCUGGAUUUAUAAUGACACUCUGAGAUUGUAAAACACUGACUCUAAAACGCUGUUCAACAGUAGUUUAAACACAUUUAGAGAAUACAGCCAAUCAACCAGUGAAGUGAAGGAUGUAGAUGGUAUUUUACACAUUGAUGAAUGAGUUGCCUUUAUCUUAAAAUGAAUCCUGGACAGAUUGAGUCAUACAGGCAGGUCCACAUGUGAGGCCGCUCUUGGCACAGAUUGAUUUUAUUUUAUUUUCUUGAUAAAGGUGAGGCGUGUCUGUUUCAGGUAUGACUUUUAAUUCAGUGCUUUCUUUGGAAAAUCACAAUCACAAACGAACCUCCGUGCACCAAAAACAUGACUGACAGAGUAGUUAUCUAGAAGGUUCUUGAAAUAGUGUUAGUGUUUUCAUUUAGCUUUAUUUUCCAAAAUAAGCAAACAAAUAAGAAAAACUUUCCAAAGUGCAGAAUCAUAGUAACUGCUCUGAAAUGCAGAAUCGUAUCCCAUCUGAUUUAGGGAUGCAUUUUAGUGACCAGAAUGUUGUUGAGUCUAAAUGGCAGUGAAUGACAGAAAAUUGAGAACUCUUUACAUCUUGAAGAUUCAGUUUGAUAAUAAAAUGGGUCAGAACCCAUUGCUGCACAUACCGUUGUGGUUUACUGACAUCAUACUAGAGCAUUUCUGGCUCGUGAAGUUGAUUUCAAUUCAAAUACAUUAAUUGUAUGUUGCUUUAAACUGUAGUCUUUGUUUGAUUUUUAUGUACGUAACUCCAUUUUUUUUUUAUCAAGAGAUGACUGCAGGAGAAUUAUGUGAAAGCUUUUUCUUUUUUUUUCUUUUUUUAUGUUCCUUGUAUUCUACUUGUUGAUAAUGAUCAUGUAUUUCCAGUAUGGAGCCUUUACCCUUACAUGCUGCUUUCCUAACGUUAGUUCUUUAAUGGAAUUUUUAUUUAUAUAUUUUUUUCUUUUUAGUCCUGCUAAUUAUUAUAACUCGCACUAUAACAUGAUACACACUCACUUUUGUAGUAAUGUUGCUUCACUUAACUCUUUGCACUCCUAAUAAAACAUUCAUACAUAUGAAUGAUCAUCACACUAAUGUACAUUUCAUGAUUUGAUGAUCAAGCAGGGAAUAUCACUUACUGGAAUGGGAACAAAGAUCAUGUAUGUGCAGCCACCAUUGUCCUUGAUGCUGUAUGUCUGAGGUACUGUCUUUUUAUGGUAUAGAUGGUACUGAUUGGAAUUACUUUUUUCUUUCCUUUCCCCAGAUUAAAAACACUGACUUGCAUACUGAAUGGAAGGCUUUUAAAAA